AUGUCCAUUCCCAACCACAUCCCCGAGAACCACCCCCAGAAACAUUUUCCGUCGUCCACUCCUCCCCCCAACCAUCUCUUCAUGGAUAUGACCCCCCAGAUGGCCCACACCUACUUCCAGAGCCCGUCUUCCGACGUCAGCCCUGUGAUAGCCCAGCCUGCUCACUUCUUCCUGGCUCCAGGCUCUGCCACCAACUCCAGCUUUCAGUUUGCCAAUACCCCCAUCAUGCCUGAAACUGGAGUGUUUGUGGGGACAAACUUCUCUCCCAUGGCUCCCAAGCCAGCUCACCACACGGUGAGUCAGAGCCAGAACAAGUACCACCACGACACUUCCUCGUCUUUCUACUCCCAGCCUGUGUUUCCCAACGCCAGCGACGCCAGCUUGGACGCUCCAGACCGCAGCAUGGGCCUCGGAGUGUUCACAGAGUCCAGUCCUGCUCCCUCAACCAAGUUUGUGGACCAGAGGGCCCAGUUUUCGUUCGAGGACCCCCAGAAGCCUCCACAGCCGUUCCACCAGCCUGCGGAGGUCCACACAGAUCCAUCGUCUAUUGAGCCAAGGUCCACUUCCAACGACUUCGACUCUCCCACCACCAUUGAGGUGUCCAGUCCCAGAUCGUCCAACCACGCCAGCAACGGCGAUGGCGACAUCACAGCUGACGACAUCCUCAAUGGUGAUCCGUUCGAGUCCAUGGACCUGGCAUACCAGAAGCGAAUAUCCGACGAUAUCGUGUCCAGCUUCGUGGACUUCGAUCUUGCGGGUGACAAGUCGUCUGAGGAGUUGGAACCAGAGGAAUUCCAAAUGGCCAAGUUUUCGACGUUGUUGGGUCCGUUGGAUCCCAUCAACGAGGACUCCAACGUCACCAGAUCCACACCAUCCCUCAAGAAGCAAGCCUCGAACUCCAAAAUCAACAAGAAAACCCUCAAGAAGUCCAGCUCUUUUAGUGGCCAGACUUUUGCGAUACCGUUGGUGAAUAACCUGGCAAGAGACUCCAAGAGAGUCAAGCCUCCGCUGAUAUCGUUCCGCGAGUGUUCACAGAGAUUCUCGAUUUCUUCGUUGAAUAAGUACUCAUUUGUGUACGAGAAUGCCGGAAACGACGACGAAAAAGUGCCCAAGUUGCAGAAGUCACAGUCUUCAGUUUCCAUCAGACAGCUAGAACAAUCGCAUAGGUUACACCAACAUUAUCAGUACGAUAACAGGGGCACCCAUGCUAAUGGCGACAGUUCGCCCCGGGUAUUGAGGAAUAUGAAGGCAGGGAUGGUCGAAUUUCAGGUAAAUUUGGAUAACUCGAAGGGGAGCAACUAA